AUGGCUAUCCCAACACCGACGGCUUCCCUUUCCACGACUUGUCUUGUCGUGACACAGCCCGCAUCGUACGACACGAUAACUUACACCAGCGGGGAAACACCAUUUUUCGGUGACACUACCUACACGGCCCCGACCGCCGUCGUUAACACGUUUGAAGCAACCAUCGAGGCGCGCUGCUUCACCCUCUUACCAGGCCAGACCCCCCCAGCCGCCGUCCCCUACUGGGGCGCGUCCUGCUCGACCGAAUACUCCCCCGCCAGCACCGAGACCACCACCAUCACAUACACCCCGGGCGAGGUCUUCACAAUCGGCCACGCAACUAUAGGCUCCUACAGGGGCACGACCACGAGCUACGCGACCGAAACCUACACCUAUCCCGCCAGCACCGAUGUCUAUUGCAAACCCGUGCCCGAUGUGCAGAACCAAGCCACCUGCGACCGCAUCAGCCCGCUUACCUGGGCCUCGCUGGUCAUCACGUUCAUCACCGUGCACCUGACCUGGUGGCUAUUCGACGUGCCACUGCUGUGGAAGAAGCGCGCCCCAAACGAGAUCCCCUCGUCAACGUUGUAUGGCACGCAGCGGGCGGCGGCGGCAGCCGAUGCCAACGACCGGAUAGGCCUGGCCGGGUUCCUGUGGUCGAUUGCGUGGGCGUGUCUACGGGCGAAUGCGCCCGGCUGUGCGGCGCUGUACGUGCUCUUCGCGGGGCGGGACACGGGCGAGUAUGCAGCGCUAUAUUAUCUGGGCGUGCGGCGGCUGCGAAACGGACGGGUGCCAGACUUUACCACCUGGAAACUGCUGACCUCGAUCGGCAGCGACGUGCUGACACUGAUCGUCGUGGCCGUGACGGUCUACCAGGCGUGUACCCUGCCGGAGUCUGCGCCGCGCCGUUUCGGCGCGGGUAUGUGGGCGUAUCCGACGCUGCCGAACGCGCUGAUCGGGUUAUGUUUGAUGGUUGGGCAGCGCUAUUUUCCCCGAACGCGGCGGGCUGCGGUCGGGCUGGUGGCGAUGGUAGUAGGGGUUGUGGUGGUCGUGGGCGCGGUGUUGGGGGUGUUGCUGUGGCGGUUUGACCGGCCGAACUCGGAAUGGUUCAUACCGAUCAUCUUCUACGGCAUCAUGGCCUUCCCGGCGAUCUUGAUGUCGGGGAUGUUUGUUCUGCUCGCCAUUGCCUAUGGUUGCUUUGGCCGCAUCGGCGGUGUCACGAUUGCCGCGUGGGGCCAUUACGCCGGCGGCCAGGUGUACUGCAAGAUGGCCGGCCCCGGGUUCGCCAUCGUCUACCUCAUUCUGGGGAUCAUAUCGGCGCUGCUCGCCCUCCUUGCACUCGCUUUGAAUCGCCAGGACAUCCGUUGGCGGACAUGGUACAAGUCUGCGGGAUCGCAAUCACGGGCGUUGGGGAUCUCGGAUGACGGGCACAGAACUGAAGGACCAAAGGAAUGGAGAACACAGGCGGAGUAUUAG